GCAGGCACUGCGGCGCGAGCGGUGCGUUCGGCGGGACGCGAGCCCAGCGAGCUGCAGGCAGGUGAUAAGAGAUGACAGUAACGUCUAUCUGAGAAUCCAGUGUUCCAGGCGCUGAAGAGCUCCCUCUGGUCUUAAACUCCUGGCUUGAGUCAGCCUUCCCUGUAACCACUCCAGGCCAACAGUUGUGUAGAUUGCUUAAUCUUCCUUGAUGAUGGGUAUCGGCAAGAACACGGCAUCUAAAUCAGUGGAGGCUGGGGGCUCCACAGAAGGCAAAUAUGAAGAGGAAGCUAAGCACCCCAAUUUCUUUACUCUCCCGGUGGUGAUCAAUGGUGGGGCCACGUCCAGUGGAGAGCAGGACAACGAAGACACUGAGCUCAUGGCAAUCUACACCACAGAGAAUGGCAUUGCCGAGAAGAGCUCUCUUGCAGAGACCCUGGACAGCACUGGGAGCCUGGAUCCUCAGAGGUCAGAUAUGAUCUACACUAUAGAAGAUGUUCCUCCCUGGUACUUGUGCAUAUUCCUGGGGUUGCAGCACUACCUGACGUGUUUCAGUGGCACAAUCGCGGUACCCUUUUUGCUGGCUGAUGCCAUGUGCGUGGGGGAUGACCAGUGGGCCACCAGCCAGCUCAUCGGGACCAUUUUCUUCUGCGUGGGAAUCACUACAUUGCUGCAGACAACAUUUGGAUGCAGGUUACCCCUGUUUCAGGCCAGUGCUUUUGCAUUUUUGGCCCCUGCUCGAGCCAUCCUGUCUUUAGAUAAAUGGAAAUGUAACACCACAGAGAUUACAGUUGCCAAUGGGACAGCAGAGCUGUUGGAACACAUUUGGCAUCCCCGGAUCCAAGAGAUCCAGGGGGCUAUCAUCAUGUCCUCAUUGAUAGAAGUGGUCAUUGGCCUCCUUGGCCUGCCUGGGGCUCUGCUGAGGUAUAUUGGACCCUUGACCAUCACACCCACUGUGGCCCUUAUUGGCCUCUCUGGUUUCCAGGCAGCAGGAGAGAGAGCCGGGAAGCACUGGGGCAUUGCCAUGCUGACAAUUUUCCUAGUGUUACUAUUCUCGCAAUAUGCCAGAAAUGUUAAGUUUCCUCUCCCAAUUUACAAAUCCAAGAAAGGAUGGACGGCAUACAAGUUCCAACUUUUCAAAAUGUUUCCUAUAAUCCUGGCUAUCCUCGUGUCCUGGCUGCUGUGCUUCAUCUUCACGGUGACUGAUGUCUUCCCUUCCAACAGCACUGACUAUGGCUACUAUGCACGCACAGAUGCCAGGAAGGGUGUACUUCUGGUAGCCCCAUGGUUUAAGGUUCCAUACCCAUUUCAGUGGGGGAUGCCCACCGUCUCUGCAGCUGGUGUCAUUGGCAUGCUCAGUGCUGUUGUAGCCAGUAUCAUUGAGUCCAUCGGUGACUACUACGCCUGCGCCAGGCUCUCCUGUGCCCCACCACCUCCUAUCCAUGCAAUAAACAGGGGUAUUUUCGUGGAGGGUCUUUCCUGUGUUCUCGAUGGCAUAUUUGGUACCGGGAAUGGCUCUACCUCCUCCAGUCCCAAUAUUGGAGUUUUGGGAAUUACAAAGGUUGGCAGCCGCCGAGUGAUCCAGUAUGGUGCAGCUCUCAUGCUGGGCCUGGGCAUGAUUGGCAAGUUCAGCGCCCUCUUUGCCUCCCUCCCAGACCCUGUGCUCGGAGCCCUCUUCUGCACACUCUUUGGAAUGAUCACAGCUGUUGGCCUCUCUAACCUGCAGUUCAUUGAUUUGAAUUCUUCCCGGAACCUGUUUGUGCUUGGAUUUUCCAUCUUCUUCGGGCUUGUGCUUCCAAGUUACCUCAGACAAAACCCUCUGGUUACAGGUAUAACAGGAAUUGAUCAAGUACUGAAUGUUCUUCUCACAACUGCUAUGUUCGUUGGAGGCUGUGUGGCUUUUAUUUUGGACAACACCAUCCCAGGUACCCCUGAGGAAAGAGGAAUCAAGAAAUGGAAGAAGGGUGUGAGCAAAGGGAACAAGUCUCUUGACGGCAUGGAGUCCUACAAUUUGCCAUUUGGCAUGAACAUUAUUAAAAAAUACAGAUGCUUCAGCUACCUGCCUAUCAGCCCAACCUUUGCAGGCUACUCAUGGAAAGGCUUUGGGAAGAGUGAGAACAGCCGAAGUUCAGACAAAGACUCCCAGGCCACAGUAUAGCCUUUGCUGUGCCCUGUGGCCUGGCCACAGUGAGGCAUGUAUCUAGUUCCUUGCUGAAUAACAAGGAGAUAUAUGUUUGUAUAUCUACAUGGCAUCCUGCACCUCAGAGCUAAGACAGGCUGCACAUCACUCUUCUGUAGUGGGUGGUGAUUGUGUCCAAUAUAUGGUGUCUCACUUGUGUCCUUAUUGGUCCCUUACCCUUUCUGUGUCCAUUGCUGGCCAUGGUCACUGAACUUGAAAUCACAGUCCUGCUAUUGGAGUGGGCAUUUGGAAUCUCUAGUGCUUCUGCUUUCAGUCCCCUCUGCCUUCCAGCACUCUGUUUCCUACAAGCUGCUUCGAGGUCCAGGGGUUUCUGCUUCUUAAACACUAUGUCCCAGUCUUCUCACGUGACCUCAGCCUGAACCCUGUGGAGACCUCUUCUGGCCAGGGGGCCACUGGUGUCCUUACUUUGUUGUGAUUCUGUUAUCCCUGAUACCCCAGGAGCCUAUUGACCUGACUGAGAAUAAUGGCGUGUCUGUCUUGUGACCAGAUGUGAGUGUGCAUAAGGUCCUGUCUAGCUAUGACUGGGUGGAACUGUACAGGAGAUUGACAGGGAAUGGAAAGGUCCUGAGUCAGUGGGAUUCUCAACUGUGCUCCCUCCUUGUCACCCUGAACCCAUCCAGGCCAGCACAGUUCAUUCUAGUCUGUUUUACUGGCUGAGACACCCUAUUUGGCAUUUUCACUACUGGUUGAUGUAUGUAUAGAGUGCCCACAGAUAAGUCUAUGGAUGUCUUGGCUCUGCUCUCCUGUACUUAUGUGUGUUUUAUUCCUAUUUAAUGUUAUUGACUAUAGCAGAUUUUUGAAAUCAGUGUUUUCCGUGUGAACUUCCAACCUUGCAUCCUGUUCCUUGUCCUGUACUCUUUACUCCAUCAAGAAAAGAACCAGCGUCUGCAAAAGCCGUGGGUGCCAUCAGGGAAGCUUCUUGUGUUGGCUGUUGAAAGCCAGUGACAAUUGUUGUGGGUGUGUUUUGUAUUGCUCUAUACCAUGAAAGUGUAAAUACUGUAAUGUCUAAUCUAUUUAUCACAACUGACUACUGGACCAGGGCCCAGAAAUGUGGGUCAAGUUACAUGUGAAUUUGUUGGUGAAGAAGGGAAGCUGGGACAGUAACGGAUUUCACUCAUGGGAUGUGCCAUUAUCUAGCUAAGGUCACUCCUUCCUUCUGUUGCAAGUUAUUGCUGGCAGAUCUGGCUUAAUAAGACUGUGUGUGAGUUGUCAGGUCCCAUGUCUACUGGAUCUUGAUUCUUGCAGGAGGGAAGAUUUGAUCCCUUAGUCAAAUAGCCUGUGGAAUUUGUUACAGAAGAUAGUAAAAAAAAAAACAGUCUUUGGGUUCCCUCUGUGAAGAGUUCUAACUUGGAAAACAAAAGUCUUGCAGUCAAAAGACUUGUACGGAAUUUGGCUUUGGUUUCCAAGCCAAGGGAAAAGCCGAAGACACAAGUAAUUACCUUGCUUCAUGAGAUUGUACCUCUUAAGUGGCUAUGGACCUGGUUGAACUGUGGGUGACAGUGGGCAUCUCCGUCACCCUUAGCAAGGUGUGGUUCUCAGUGCCUGUCCAUGGUAUGUGUUCUGUGCCCAGGCUGGCUCAGUGUCAUCAUGUUGCCAGGUCUUUGGGUUUCUGCAACCCUCAUGGCCCUUGAGAGUUUAGGGUUGCAGUAACGCCUCAGAGCCACUGCAUUGUUUUGCCAAAAUCUUACUCCAGAUUAAGUACAGAACUUGGUUUCUAACCGUAUUUAGUUUUAUAUGUCUAUUCAGACAAUUAGUGCUUUGGAAGCACAUUGGUGAGUAACUUUUUGUCCCUCCUUCUUAGCAAGCCAGUUGGCUGACAGCUCUCCUGCUCUGCGUUCGCUCUGUGCCUCCAUUUGCAUUUAGUUUAGUUGAUCCAGUUUCUCUGUUCUGACAAGGUGGAAAACUGGUAAGCAUCUCAGAUCUGCAGUAUUGGGGUGCUACAGUCAGCAGGAGCAGGAGUCCACCCAGAAGCCUGAGAACGGCCUGUAAUCCAGGCCGUGUCCUACCACCUAUGCCUGUACUGCCGAGUACCACCCUAGUCUUCUGUUUGGCUGUAGUUUGCUCCGGGGCUUUCACUAUCAAUCUGGGGCAUGGGCUCAGCAAGUAUCUAUGUGGCCAAGGAAGUGCUAUGCCAACAUCUCCCGUUAGAAACAGGAUUUCCCCUUCUUGCUUCAUCAGUGCCAAGUUUUGAUAUUCCUGGAGAGGACAGGAGGUGGGAGCAAAGAGAGGAGUAGCCUACGCAUGUGCCUCCAAGGAGUGGGAUGCUGUCUAUACUACCGUGAGUGAUUGUUACCUUGUAGGCACUAGUAAGGUUUGUCCCAUGCAGCUUGUAGUCCUCCCAAACAUAUAGGGAAUGUGUGUUUAUGUACCAGAUGGGGAGUUUUUAGGGGACUUGGUGGCUAUGUGAUGUCUGUCCAUUGUGUGUCCAGUGUGGACCUGCAUUACUGGAACUUGGAGCUGCUCUGUUUGGUUACCAGUGGACUGUUAGAAAGUAUUUCAGAUGUGAGCAUCUUACAGGGCAUUCCAUCCCUAGUUCUCACAGUGAACACCCACCUCCUCCCUCUGAGAGCAAGCAUUUGUGUCAGCCACAGGAAGCAGAAGUAUUAAGGAGAGAAGUGCUGGCAGCUACCCUGUGGGGAGACUCCCUUGGGAACGUGGUAAUGGCAGCGGCCUUCCUGCCUCUCAUUCUCAUUUACAAGUUAGACUUCGAUUCAGUAGAACAUUUAUGCUCAGAAUGUUUCUUAAGAGGUAUUCGAUUGGGAUUAAUCCAGGCAAAAGAAGAGGCUUUAUCAGAGAGCUGGAGUGAAGCAUUGUGGGUCCCAUUUUCACAAUAACAAAUUCACAUGCAGGACUUACUUUAUACUGUAGAAUACUGACUUUCAUGAUGACAACUUGAUUUAUGCAUGAAUAUCAACAGUAUUUCCAUAUAGUAAAAUAACAUUUCUGCCCAGGAUAAUAGUCACAGUUUUCCAGGGAGGGAAUGAUAUAAUUUUCAUGACAAUGUCAUGUGCUGAUAGAAUUUCUCCAUUGAUGAACCUCUAGUAUGUGUGUAUACUUUAUUUGCCCAUGUGUAUAUUUUAUGAUCGUGAUCUAAGCUGUUAAUUCUUUCAUUCAUGUCCCUGCUAAGACACUGAUAUUAGCAACUUAGACUUAGAGUUGGUGAUUUUAAUCUUCAGUCAUACCAGCUCCACAGAGAUGAGGCCUCAGUCCAGAAGCCAUCUUCGUAGAAAAGCAGCAGGAGCCUACAGAUGGCUGUGCUUGGAACAGACAUUUGGCUGCCAGUAGCAGGCCUGGCAUGGUGUGCCAUGAGGGGCCUAAUUACCUAACUGUUGUUGGACACCAGCUGUGCAUACCUGAGCAUGCCCAGUGCAUAUUGGGUUCAUGCACAGCUCCCGGACCCAAGCUCUGGCCUCCAGGGAGCUGUGUCUUUCUCCGUCCCAUUAAGAUUUGGACACAGAUAAGACAUCUUCCACUUUCCUACAGUCAUCUUCCUACAGUCAGAACCCCAGUAGUACAAGAAGGCCCCUUAUGUGGCAGCAUUCAGCUCUCAUCCAUGGAACCCCAAAGCACAGUAGUGCUGGGCUUCCCUUUCCAGCAGCCUCACAGACCUCUCCAUGCUUUCAGGAUGUUGACUGCCAUGUCACCACUCUGAUACCCAGCAUUCUCGGAUUGCUGUAAAUGUUUCCAGUGUUUAGAGCAUUCAUAACUGACGUUGCUGUCUGCUGCCAUCUGACAGACCAGUGAAUCCUUUUCUGUCCGUUCCUAACAACUUUUAUUUGACACAUUAAAGAAUUUCUGACUGUCCUUAAGACAGUAGAGAUGCCUCUCUUUUAUUUGAGUUUUGUGACUGACUUUGCCUAUAUAUCUUUCUGGGGUUUUGUUUGUGUUUAUUCUUAUUUUGCAUACUGAGGGUAUUUGGGGUGGGGUUGUUUUUUGAGAUGUGUAAUUCUUUUAUGGAGUUUUUAAAAAGAAUUUUCAUAUUGUUUUUCUAACAUGGCUUCAUUAAACGUUUAAGUAUUUUAAAACUAUGUAAUAUUUGGACCAGAUGUUGUGAAUAACAGUAGAGAAAAGCUAUUUUAUUCUGUAUUUUUAAAACUGUUCCGUACAAAUAAAAGCUCUCCUGGAUGUA